CUUUUAUCUUUUUAGACUCUUCUUCUGACCCAUCCACACAAGACUAACACAUUUAUAGAAAACUUUCUCGCUUCUAAUAUCCCCAAAAUGGCAUUCAAUUUAGUCGAUGUUGAAGCCAUAUACACCCAAGACAAAAACCUCAAAGAACAAGACGUCAAAGCUCUCGUCAAGUGGGUUCAAAACCAACCACAUUUGCCCAACAUUGGCGAUUUCGAGGCGAUUCUAUUUCUGAGAAAGUGUGACUACAGGCUUGCUCAUUCUCAAACCACAGUCGACACAUACUUCACUUUGAAAAGGCUAUGGCCUGAUGUAUGGUCAGAAAGGAAUUUUGCAAAAUUCCCAGAACAAGGAAUUUUAGACACAAUGAUAAUGAUGACGCUCCCGAAGAGGACACCUGAGGGCUACACUGUUAUUUUUGUGAAGGCUUUGAACGAAAAUAUGAUCAAUUAUAAGCUUGAAACGUUCAUGAAAUAUAUAAAUAUGGUGUGUAUGUUGGACGUGUAUCAGAACGGACCACCCAACGGACACGUACUCAUCCACGAUAUUCAACCUUUUCCGGAGUGUUACGUACCCAAAAUGGAGUAUAAGACUUUUAAGAAAUAUUACUACUAUGAUUACGAAGUUAUACCGACGAUGCACACAAAAGCACUACAUACUAUCAACACCAAUCCGAGAAUGGAUGAAAUCAUAGGUGUUAUGGAAGCUGCUUCUCUUAAGUCGCUUUUGCCUUUCGUCAUCACCCACAAAUCCAUUGACGAUUUGAUGAAGUACGUCCCUAAAGAGUGCUUACCGGAAGAUUAUGGUGGUUUGUUGGAACCAGCAGCUGUUUUGCAUGAAAAAAGCAAAAACGAGUUAUUGAAAAAUGGCGCCUUUUUUGACUGGCAAGAUCAACUAGUAGUGGAUGAGAGCAAGAGACCAGCCUAUAACACGAUCGUUCAGGACAUGUUUGGAUUUGCUAAAUAAUGUUAAAACACACUUUAAGUUUAUAACAAACGAUAAAACCUAUCUACGUAAACAUUGUUUAAGUGUAUUAUCAAGUGAUCAAUUUUUUAUCUUAGUCGUUGUAAUUAUCGUUGUAUCUACUUAUAUUCUGUUAAAUAAACAAAAACGUAUUUAUGA